AUGGUUCAAGGACGGGAUAACGAGCCUGAGAGUAUGACUGAACGAGACAGGAUUGUCGGGAUGUGGGAGAUGGGGAUGUUAGUGAGUGACAUUGCCGAGCAGAUGGGACGGAUCAAGACAAUGGACCAUCAUGCUUCAGGGUCGAUUAGGAUUAAGGUCUUUUUGGGCAGAGAACCAGUUGGUCUUGAAAUUAACAGUGUUAAUCCUGUCAUAGCUCAGCAUCGGAGACGUGUGGGAGCGUCUCAGAGUCUUCACACUCAUGCUUCAGGAACGCACAAGGACAAGCACAAGGAUAAACACAAGCACAAGGACAAGCACAAGGACAAACACAAGGACAAGCACAAGGAUAAGGACAAGCACAAGGACAAACACAAGCACAAGGAUAAACACAAGCACAAGGACAAGCACAAGGACAAACACAAGGACAAGCACAAGGAUAAGGAUAAGGAAAAGCACGAGCAGAAUAACAAGGCACACUGA